GUAGCGCAUUGAGAGAGAUGUGCUAGCUAGCAAGCGAGCAUAGAAAACAGCUACUUGUAGACAGCGAGCUAGCAUAGCGGCCUAAGUACACAUCAUUGCAAAUACGUUGUUUGUUCUUUUACUCGAGAUACUGCGUUAGAAAGCUGCCUCCUUAAUGUACUCCUUCAUGAUGAGUCGCACUCCAGAUGCAAGAGCCAGAGAUACGCAGACGAAGCAAAUACAAGACAACAUCGCAAACACAGAGAAGCAUUUUGGGGAGAUGUGUCAGCUCUUCGCUGGUUAUGUUCGUAAAACGGCGAGAUUACGGGACAAAGCGGAUCUUUUGGUCCGAGAAGUCAAUCUUUACGCCGAAACAGAGACUCCAAACCUGAAAAGUGGCCUGAAACAUUUUGCAAACCAGCUCUCCCAAAUCCAAGAUUAUCGUCAAGCAGAGGUAGAAAGACUCGAGGCCAAAGUCAUAGAACCUUUGAAGGGCUAUGGAACUGUUUUGAAACUGAAGAGGGAGGACCUGAAGACGACUCAGAACGCCAGAGACAGAGAGGCCAAACAGAUGCGGCAGCUGGAGAGGAUGAGACAGCGGAACCCCUCUGACAGACAGAUCAUUUCCCAGGCCGAGAGCGAGCUGCAGAGAGCCACAAUGGACGCCACGCGCACGACGCGCCAGCUGGAGGAGACAAUAGACGAGUUUGAGAAGCAGAAGAUCCGCGAUAUCAAGAAAGUGUUGGGAGAAUUUGUGACCGUGGAAAUGGCUUUCCACGCCAAAUCCCUAGAGGUCUACACCGCAGCCUACCAGCACAUCCAGAACGUGGACGAGGAGGGGGAUCUGGAGGUGUUCCGCAGCAUGCUGCACCCCCCUGACUCCCUCUCCCGCCUAGACAUAGUCCAGGCUAACACCAGACGCUCCCUAAACCAGACCGGCUCCAGCCUGGGACGAUCCAGCAGUCUGCAGGCUCCAAGCAGACAAAGGCAGCAAGACGAUGAGGAAGAUGACGAUGAUGAUGAGGACGAGGAUGAGGAUGAUGAAGAUCUGGAGGAGGUCACCGAUGAGGAAGACUAGCUCUGGAGACACAGACUUCAUAUCGGUACCACAUAUAGUGUUUGUCUUAAAUCAUUGGGGAAUGGAUGUUUCCAAAGAGCUACAGUGUUUUCUUUCUUUCAAUAAUAAAUUCACCUAAAGUGCGAUAUUACAAACGAUGGACGGUGGACUAGAUGGCGAUUCAUUAGUGCAAGUAGAGAUUGUCUACAUAGGGCCUUUAAAUGCCUUGCAUUGUUAUCUUACAAAGGGACCAUUUGUAUUUGACUAAAGCAUUAAAUGCUAGGUCUUUAAUGGAGUUCUUUUUAAAAUACAGAUAUAUUUUUAAUCAUUCUCAUGUUUACAUUACAACACUAAAUGCCAAACAAAUAGAGUUGUCUGUCAGAUUUGACAGUAUGUUGUCGUCGUGUCACUUACAGAUUGUGAAGCUGUAACCAUGUAAAUAAACUUUUCUAUGGGAGUUUCUCCUCUCGAUGUGAUUGUGCUCACGUGUUUUUCGUGCAAAGCUGGGAAUCACAAUAUUUCUUAAUAAAAAAAA